AUGGUCAAGAGAAAUAAGAGUUCAUCUGUGAUCAUCACACUCCUAACCACACUGUUAAUACUGCUAGUACUGCAGCAAAUGCUCAUUGAUACCAGUAAUGCUGAAUUUAUAAAUAGUUCGAGAAAUAAUUGCAGUGAUUCUUCAUCUUCUAUAGGGGAGUGUAACGAAGAGGAGGAGAUGCUAAUGGAUUCAGAAGUAAGUAGAAGAUUUCUUGCUGAAGUUACUGGCAUUUCAUAUAAGGCUAUUCGGAAGGGGGAUGCACCGACUUGUGGCUCCGGCGAACAUACACCCUACAACGGAAAGUGCAGCACCCCUAUAGCAGCAAACAAGAGACAUAACCGUGGCUGCUCCCCAGUAUACCAGUGUAGAUCAGGAUCGCAAUAA